GGCGGGGCGCGCGGCGCCGCAGGCGCGGUGAGGGCAGGGCAGGGAAGGCGGCGGCUCGCGCCUCCCGCGCCCACCGGAGCGGGGGCACCCGGCGGGGCGGGGCCGCGGCGCGACUGCACCAAGAUGACCCCAGCAACUCGACAAGAAGUUCUCGGCCUUUACCGCAGGGUUUUGCGAAUAGCCAGAACCUGGCAGUCGGCAUCAGGACACACAGAGGACACCAUGAGGGAGAAGGAGUACAUCAGAAAUGAAGCCAGAACAUUAUUCCAAAAAAACAGGAACGUGACAGAUCCAAAGCUGAUUAAGCAGUGCAUAGAAGAAUGUGAGGCAAGAAUAGAAAUUGGACUUCACUAUAACAUCCCCUACCCGAGACCUAUCCAUCUGCCUCCCAUGGGCCUUGCCCACAAACAAGGCCGUACAUUGCGACACCAGGAAAAGUUAAGGAAGAUUUCUAAGCCAAUAUAUCUGAAAUCCCAUGAUGAAGUUUCAUAAGCCACCAGUUUCAUUUAAGCUGUGAUGUGUAAUCACAUCCUUUAAACUGUGAACUGCAAUCCAGGUGAUUUGUGUGCACAACUGUGAAUGGUGUGGUCACUUGCCCACACAUUUCCUGAAGCCAAAAAUCCAACUGAUCCAUUGUGUAUGAUGGAUAAGGUUGGUUUAGUAUUUAUUACAUUUCAACCACUGACUUGUCAAUAAAAGGAACACUUUUUAAGGAGUGAGCUGUGAUACAAAGAUUCCUUUGACAUCAGGACAAACUGCAGUAGGAUUUCAAACUCUGUUUGUCUGCAACAGGGCUCUCUGGGGGUUUGAGGGGUCUCAGUUGUGACUCAAGACUGUGCCUUGUGUAAGGUCAGCCAAAAUGAAGGAAGUCUGGGACAGUUCCUCCAGAGCUUCUGAAUGGCAGUGGGAGUACAGUCACUGCACCCUGCACCUGCUCUGCCUGCUGUCCCUGGAGGAGAGCUCCAGUUUCACACUUCCCUCACGGGAAGUUUUGUUUCUGGACAGUAGGAGUGACAGCAGAAGUGCCAUUAUUCCUUUGCAAACUGCAGGGGAGUGGUCUAGACUCUCUAUGUCAGCUCUUUUCUCUCUGGAGAGGGUGUGGAUGUGAAAUGCAAAAUUGGGAAUGCUAUUACACAACUCUGAGUAAAACGUUCCAGUGUUGGGUUCCUCAGGUUCCCAUGUAUGGACUGGCUGAAAACUCUGCCUCCAGGGUGCCACUAUGGGAACAAGCUUAGGAUGCUUUGGUGUCCUCACUCUGUGUUUUCACAUGGUCAGCUUUUCAGCAUAAUCAGCACACUGGCUUUCUCAACAAUUAUUUUAAUUUUAGUGUUAGUUUUGAACUCUUAUGUUAUGGAUAGAACCCCAACUUUAGUAAAAGAAAGUAUCUACAAGUCUCCUAAGUUUGAGGGGUAUUUCUGUUUGCCAGGUGCCUCAUGAAUAGAAGUAAAAUGAAAUUAAUUUUCUUUUCAUGGCCUACCAGUUGUUUUGGCUCCUUUGCAGUCCUCUGACUUUACCAGGCUGGUGACAUGUUCUCUUCAGGGAAGUUGGGGUAGCCUUCCAUCCUUCAGGCUUGAAAUACCAGUGAGACCAAGCUUGGACAAGAGCCACACUGUACUGGACACUUCCUAAGCACUGAAAGGACACCUAUUCCAGCCUGACUUUAUUAGUGGCAAAAAAAAAAAAUAAAAAAGCAAAUUUGACAUGUG